ACUGCGUUCGGUCGGAUUUUUCUCUUCUGCCAGUCUGCCAGUGCCCGCAAACGUGAUCCCAAAUCCGAGGAUAAAUCGUGGUUGCGCUUCUCCUUGCUGGGGAUUGUUUAGUGCGUGCGUGGGAGGAAGCGAGAGUUAAUCUGCCAACUCGGUUGCCACCACUAGCGGUGCUCUCGGUGCUUCGGCUCGUUGAGAUGAGACGCUUGGGACCCAAUCACAGUUGACCCCAUCAGGAUAAGUCUAGUGUUCUUUUUUUUUUCCUCCUAGCAAGAGCGAAGAAUAUGGUGUCCGAUAAUACAAUUAUUGUGCCUGGAGUGACGUUCCAAUGAAGAUGGAUUAUGGGUGCUCGCAGUCGGGAUGAAACAUCUAUUUGAUGGUGUGUUAUGGAAGUAAUUUUCCUGGAGCAACAUAAAUGACAGAAUGAUGAAGUCGUUUUGGUGCUGUGAAAAAUCAACUCUGAGUGGAGAAAACUAAUUACAUGUUUGCGCUGAAAAGAUGUGAUUCUCGAAACGCACACAAAUUGUGAUGAUUUGUUUCCACGAAAUCGCUAUAAAUCAUUUCCCGUGGCAAAAAGAUUGAAACGUAAGCAGUGGUAAACAAUAUACUCCCGUACAUCAACCCGGAAACGUGGGCAGUGACAGUGAGAAAAAAUCCUAUUCGUAGCAGUCCGAAAUUAUUCAAAUGUCCUACCAAACUGAAAGCGGAACCCAGAAAUAGAAACCAUAUCUGACCUGCGAACAACUGCUUCAUGACAAAUUUGUUUCCCAUAAAGAAGAAGAAGGGAAAGAUCUAAAUCGACACAACGCGGCAUAAUAAUCGGGUUAAGCCCGCACUAACAACGUAUAAUCAGGAUUACAUCUCACACCGCAGACCUCUCCUUUCGUGGGCCGGCAGGGAAAGUCGUGAAAAAGUGUAUAAAAUUUAAACACUGUUUCCAUUUCUUUUUAUCCUCGGAACUUGAGCUAAUCUUGGCAGUUGUUGGCUUCCCGUGUGCUGACCUGUGCUGGAGUUAUAACCAUAAAUUACGCGUUCAUUUAUAUGCUAAACAUUUUUCAUUUUGCCGUCUUUUUGGAGUCCUGGGACAACUAUGCUCUGAAGUGACGGUGGUGACGGCGCGAUGUGGACGGUGUGCUUUGGGUGAACCAUCCGUGUAAAAGUGUGGUCUGAAAAGUUUCUUCAUCUCUCUCUCUCUCUCGCCGGACCUCUUUCUUGCGGCAGUGGGGGAAAGCGCAACCCGGCGAAACAAAAAUGCCAACCAUGGUUUUGGGCGAAAAACCGUCCGCGCUGGUGGUGUCGGGAUGCAAUAAUCGUAAAGGUUGAAUUGUUUUCAGCUUUAGCCACAGCUCCUUCUUGUGUGUGUUUGUGUGUGACGGGUGGGUGGUGCACGGAUGCGGAAGACGUGCGACGACUGAAGUAAGGAAUAAAAAGGAACCAUCCCCUUCGGAGCGCAAGAAAGAAAAACCGCGUGGAAACGGAAGUGAGGGUAAUGCGGAACACUUUGUAGUGAAAGAAGAGAACGGCGUCGAAAAUACUUUACGACAAAAGUGGCAAAAACAACGACAAAAAGCGUAAAGAGCGAUGAGUUACACCGCGCGCUAAAGUAAAGAAUUGAAAUAAAAAGCUGCUCGAGGGGAGAGGAAAUAAAAAUUACAAAUUGGGGCGAGGUUGUGAGCGAAGAAAAAUGUGGCUAGAAAAGCUGGUGCUAGUGUAUUUGUUGACGCUGUUCAACUCGUUGGAUGGAUACUUUCUGGAUAAUAACCUGCAGAACACCGGCCGCCAUAGGAGAAAAGAAUCUAAUGAAGCCAAAUCAUCACACCGCAAUGCACUCAGCUCACCCCAUCACGAGAGUCAAUUUAUCACCAAAAACAAUAGUAGGGUAGUUAGUCAACGAGGAGGUCUCGCGGUGCUUCCCUGUAGUGUCACCAUGUCAACACCAGCCACUGUCUCUUGGUUCCGGCGGAAAGACUACCAGCUGCUGACGGUCGGCCUGUCGACAUACAGCAGCGACGAUCGGUUUCUGGUGGAGCACACACGCCACCUCGGCAACUGGGCGCUACGGAUAAAGAACGCCCGCAAGGAGGACGAAGGACUGUACGAGUGCCAAAUUUCCACCCAUCCGCCACAGUCGAUAUUCAUCGAGCUUAGGAUCGUAGAGGCAGCAGCAGAAAUUCUGGAAGCGCCUGAUUUACAUAUAGACGAGGGAUCGACUCUGCGGCUGGAAUGUAAACUAAAACGUGCCACCGAAAGUCCGCUUUACGUCUUCUGGUAUCACGAGGAUCGAAUGGUCAAUUACGAUCAGGAGGAUGGCAUCUCCGUAUCAACGAAUAAAUUGACUUCGAGCAUCCUGACGGUGCGGAAUGCCACGGCCCGGCACGGAGGAAACUACACCUGUGCACCAGCCAAUGCGAGACAAUCGAGUGUCUAUGUGCACGUGCUCAAAGGUGAAAAACCGGCCGCAAUGCAACAUCCAAACAAAAGUCCAACGGCAGCAUCCGGGGCAAGCAGUGACGGAAGCGGAGCUGCAGUGCUGAUGAGUACCCGACUAACGAGCGCUGCCAGUUGCUGGAUGACCACUCUGCUGCUAAUCUGGACCUACUACUGGUCAUCCCCGUGGGGGACGCAUGGCUCCUCUUCCUCCUCCUCCUCCUGCUCCGUCGCCUUCCUUCUGGAGGUUCUGCGGCGAAAGUCGUCAGACGUCAGGCUCGCUAGCUGUCGGACGACGAUAUUGUGUAUACUACUACUACUACUGGUGCUGGUUACCAUGAGCACUACCGCCACCUUCAGCAAGAGAAUCAAACUGAUUGAUGCGGUCUAAAAUCGGGCCGCGUCGGGUGCGAGGGGAAGGAUGUUUAUGAGGCUCCAAUGGACCUAGUGAGGGGUAGUGAAAUUCGUUUCUAGAGAGACAAGUAGCAUAAAUAUGAAUAUUUUGUACAGGUUUUUUAGUAUUAACGUGUAUAGGGUUACUUUUACUGACCUUAGAGGAAACGCCGGGACUGUGCUUGGGGAAUGGAAGACAUAUUUUAACAGCGGACUGAGAGACAGGGAGGACUAAGUGCGCUGCAGCGGCUCGGUUGUGGUUUUUACAUUGGACAAAGGUAUUUGGAAGAAUCACUUAUUCGAUGCGGAAUAUUUAAAAGAACAAAAAUUAAAAAAUUUUCAAAAAAUGAAAAUUGUGGGAGUAAGGUCGAACAAUGCAGAAUAUGUGUCAACGGUUUCCAUUAUACACAUGCCCUGAUUAGAGUCAUUUCAGGCCUUUGUACCUUUUCUCCUUUUCCACAUCGAUUAAACAUAAAGUCAAAUGUUUGGUGAUUCUAUAAACGUUCUGCGUUAGCGGUAUAAACUGUCGGAUUCCAGGAUAUAAUCGGGAAGAAAACAAACUAACCGGGCAAUCAGUGGAACACAGAUUUGUUUGCGAGAGACCGCCGCUUCCAACGGUGGAUCGGCGACCAACUCGGAUCGCGUCAUCUCGUCGGUUUGGGCGGCUUCCUUAUUCACGUUAAAUGGGAACUUUGCCUCCAUUGAAUUGAUCUCAGAAUAAAUUUCGAAAAUGAAAAUGAAAAAAUUAAUUUACGAUAAAAACGCUUUUUUCUGUGAGGCAUGGUGUUUUUCCCGCGGUAAAAUGUUUCUAGCUUACUUGUGACAUUACACUUGUUUGUGAGGUUAUUUCUGUUGCUCUUAUUUUCGUUCCGAUUUUUCCGGCCACGAAAUUGUCGAUGUGAUGCAUUUUUGUAACAUUAGAACUUUUUAUAUACCUAGUCUUACCAAACCGUUCAUUUUAACCAGUGCAAUAUUUAGUUGUCAAAAUAUAAAAAAAAAAUCUUAGGAAAUGAACUAUAUUUACAAAAAAGUCAUUAUUAGAAAAUAUUAAAUGAAAUUUCAAGACAAAAUCCUGUGAACAUUUUCUGUCAAUUUUCAUUUUGACCGGACCGGUAAUUCUAGAGUUAAAGAUAAUAAAUAUUGCCUCGAAUGUUUUGCGUUGCCCGGCAUGUUUGCACUUUCAUGAUUUACAGUUCACCCGGAAUGCAUUUACCCGGAAAACCUUUACCCGAAUAUGCUAAGCGUCUGAGCAACACCGACAAAAAAAUUGUGAAAGUGAUUACUUGCUUGAAUAACAUCUUAUAGAUGAAAGAAAAUACUAUAAUGUAG